AUGGCACCGUCCUUUCUAAAGGGUUACUUUGGCUUUGGGGCAAAUCCGGCCGUGGACGAGCUCGAAGAGGGAAAGAAUCCUAUUCGUGCCUUGCCCGCCAGCUGGUACACCUCGCAAGACCUCUACGAACUGGAAAGGCGAGCCAUCUUCUCCAAGAAGUGGCUCCUCACCACGCACAAGUCCAGGCUUGCCGAGCAGGGCGACUGGCUACGAUAUGACGUGGCCGGCUUCCAGUUCAUCAUCACCCGGGACCGACAGGACAACAUCAACGCCUUCCACAAUGUCUGCAGGCACCGGGCAUUCCCGAUUGUGACCAAGGAGACUGGCCACAACAGCGUGCUGGCAUGCAAGUAUCACGGGUGGUCGUAUGGGCUGAACGGCAAGCUGGCCAAGGCGCCCGGGUACCAGGACAUGGAGGACUUUGACAAGUCGAAAAACGGCCUGUUCCCUCUGCAUGUCCACGUCGACAAGAACGGGUUUGUCUGGGUCAACAUGGAUGCGAAUGAGGUGCCCGAGGUGGCGUGGGAGCACGACUUUGAAGGGGUCGACGAGCAGCCGCGGUUCAAAAACUACAACUUUGACGACUACGUGUUUGACCACGCGUGGGAGAUGGAGGGCGACUACAACUGGAAGAUCCUGGCGGACAACUACAAUGAGUGCUAUCACUGCAAGACGACGCACCCGGACAUUCCCACCAUUGCAGACCUCAACUCGUACUACGUCGAGACAAAGGGCGGCCACAUCCAGCACUUUGGAAACCCGAAACCGGAGCAAAUCGCGCGCGGGCUCAACGUUGCCAGCACCUACUUCUUCCCCAACGCGUCCAUGAACGUCUCGCCACACUUCUUCUUCAUGCAGAGGUUCGUGCCGCUCAGCCCCGGAAAGGCGGUGAUGAAGUACGAAGUGUACAGGAACAAGAACUCGGGCGACGAGGACUUCAAGCUCAUUGACGACAUGUACAAGCGCAUCAUGUCCGAGGACAAGGUGCUCUGCGCCAAUGCCCAGAGGAACAUCAACACGGGUGUCUUUAUCAACGGCGAGAUGCACCCCAAGAUGGAAAAGGGCCCGCUGUACUUCCAGAAGCUGGUGCGGCAGUCGCUGACGGAGCACCACCAGCUCGAGGCGGACGCGGGCGAGGAGAUAUGGCCGGCGCGCCAGACGUUGCCCAAGAGCGCGGUGGCGACGGAGAAGGACAUGAACUUCUGCUCGGCGGUGGACUGCUGCAAGAACAACCGGGUUGCUGUAGAGGUGUAG